ACUUUGUGAAGCUCUCUCUUGGAAGUCGCUUUGGAUAAAAGCGUCUGCUAAAUGAAUAAAUGUAAAUGACAAAAUAAUCCCACCAACAUUAUUGUGUGGCAAUAAAGUUUGCAUCUACCUAUCACAGCUGGGAAUCGAACCAGCAACCUUCUUAUUGGCAGCUCGAUUCCCCAACUGCUCAGCCAUCUGAGCCCCCAUCUCCUGUCAAACGUAAACAGUUAUUUGGUCAUUUCCGACAAGAACAGGGUGUGACAGUCCAGGAAACGAGAAGAUUGUGUAAUGGCAGGUCUCACAUGGCCCAAAUCAAGGUUAACCAGGCAAUUGAGUUUGACUGUUUGAGAGGAAAUGAGUCUGCCCAGGAACCUCACUGAUGGUUCUUGUGAUUAUAUUGUGAUGCCAUUAAACUUAACUAGGCAUCUAUCAGCAUCUAUAUGGUGGUAUGAUAAUAACAGCUAAAAGCUUAUCUAGGAAAAGGUAUGUUUUUGUAUUAUUCCAACAAACAUAUGUCUAGCUCACAAUUAACACAGUAAAAAGACAGAAAAAAAGAAGGAAACACGACAAUAAUAAUAAUACAGAUCCACAAAGCAAAGCUGGCAUUCCUUAUGAUGUAAUGUGUGCUGAGCAUGAGUCCUGACCUUCAGAGGGGAGGACAGGGAGGUGGGAUGGAGUUAGACUUCAAGUCUUUCUUCCCCUAGUUAACAAGACAUGUGAUUAAGCAGUGCUGCAGGCUUCUUAGCUCCACUGCAGUCGGUCUGGCUACUUCUCCAGAGGGAAUACGACCACAGGCUACCAAGCUAACACAGAGGUCAAGGUAAGCAAGGGUAGAUUGUAGCUUAAAAUGUCAGUGCUUUCCCAAAAACUGUACAGGGUUGAGUUAAGGAAUUUUGUGGAAGUUUGUAAGUGUUUAUUAUAAAUAGGUUACCUAUUGACUUCUCUUACUGGAGAGUUUUGUAGGCCUAGAGAUGGUAUGACAUGCAUUUCCACUUGCGGUUUCAAAUGUCAUGUUACUACCAGCUCAGCAGUAUGUGUUUUGAUGGUAAUCUGUUAUCGGUAUACUGCUGUGGACUGUCCUAUAUCCUGGUUUAAUCAAUUUGAUUCACUUGUGACUUGGAGGCAUUUUAUCUUACAAGUGGAAUCUUAUAGGUGGACUAUUUUGAACUGGAAAACCAGUUCAACAUAAACAGACAGAUUUGACAUUUUUAUUGCAAUUCUUGACAGUCCAUUGUUUUCAUAAGUGCUUAAUAACUUUAGAAAUGUGUAAUGAGAUUAGUUCAAGGCCAAAGCUCUCACCUUAUAACUCAGAUAUUCAACAACUAGAAUGCAUUGCUGUGAAACCUACAAUCUGUCCUUAUUUCAGAUCAAACUAACUUUGGUUACUUAACCAGUUUGUUCUUGUUCGGAACAUGGUUUCAACUGAGUCGCAGUCUUACACUUCUUGUUAUCACCCCAGCCGUCCUUUAGCAAAUACAACUGUAGUUGAGCAACAAUCCACCUGUUGUAGGCCCUACUGUACACUGUAGCUGACACAAAGCAGGAGGGAGCCAUCCAAAUCAUGUGAGGAACCUCUGAUUCAGGAACAGUUUAUAAGCUUCAGUAUCAAUAUCAUCUGGGAAAAGUACUAAAGGUUUUGAAAUUCUCAAAGGAUUUCCGAAUAGUCAAAUCACUCACACCCUGUACGCAAACACACAUAACCAUACAAACUGCUCCGUUCUUGUGUGUUGGCCGUGAGAAAGCAGAGAAGGUCCAUAAUACAUGGACUGUAUUGUUAUGACGAGUCAUUAUUUGUCUACCAGUCAGUGGUUAGCAAGACUCUGUUUUACUUGUUGUCAUAGCGGCAUGCUUACUCUUUGGAUUACCAGUCAAGUUGGUGAAACAGAAAUGCGCUUACGGUGUCUUUUUUCCUAAUUACGCAGUGCCUUGCAGAAAACAGGACCGUUUUGAAAUAAUACUUGGUUUCUGGUUGUUGUCUGUCUUUAAAUACAAUGUUUUUAUUAAUAUUGUGUCUGAGGAUUUCAUUUUGUGUACAGCCUGUGUGUCUGUGUGUGUGUGUUCUGGAUCAGUGCAAGCUACCUCAUCUUCAGCAAAACUAAAUACAUUUAUUGUGAAGCAGCAGCCUGGGAAAAAUGUGGCCUUGCGUAAUUUGGUGAGGCGCAGACAGGUCGACUACUCUCCAUGGCGAUGUGAUGGUUGUGCUGGAGCCAGGUCACAGGGUAGCUUGUACUAGCAGUCUGAGCCCGAAGAAGGAACUACACACCAUGUUGCCAAUGUCUGCCAUGGCGAAGAAGCUAGACCUGUCUAAAUUGACUGAUGAGGAGGCCAAACACGUAUUUCAGGUCGUCCAGAGAGACUUUGACCUGAGGAGAAAAGAGGAAGACAGGCUUGGCGACCUGAAGACCAAGAUAGAGAAGGAGGACACCAAGCGAGAGCUGCUGGUGGGCACCCAGACCAGCCUGACGGACUCCCUCUGCAUCCGCUGCCUGCAGCCCUUCAAGUUCCUGGUGAACAGCAAGCGGCAGUGUCUGGACUGCCAGCUGUACACCUGCAAGGCCUGCAGCCGCUACAACAAGAAGGAGAGGGGCUGGGUGUGUGACCCCUGCCGCAUGGCCAGGGUUCUGAAGAUAGGUACUCUGGAGUGGUACCAUGAGAACGUGAAGUCGCGCUUCAAGCGUUUCGGCAGCGCCAAGGUGAUGCGUUCCUUGUUCAAGAGGCUGAGCGGUGAUUUCAGCGACUCACAGAACAACCUCACAGUUCUCCAUGACGACGACACAAGCAGCAUGCCUGAAGUCCACACCAGUACAUAUGAGGAACACACCAUGGAUGCUGCAGAAGAGCAACACUACAGAUCGCUGAGAAGGACCAAACGGCUUCUUCCGGUUCAACCUUUUGAUUUUGAUCUGGAUCCCAUCUACUCCACCCACUCCAGAAGACAGUCCUACCAGUGUCCACAAGACGCCCUGGACUGCAGGAGGGAGUCCAUUAUCGCAGAGGCCGACAUGGCGUCCAUGUUCCAGCAGAUCCUGGAGGAACAAGGAGACAUAGACCCAGAGUUCAGCACAGAGGUCCAACUCCGCUCCAAGCACCGGGCCAGUCUAGACAAGUCUGGACGCUAUGACGAUGGUUUGUUCCCUGAGAGCAGGAGGCCUCGCUCCUUGUCCAGGGUGAGCCACUCCUCUGCUGGUAGCACCAGCGGGCCUCUCCUCCGCAGCGGGUACGAGGAGGAAGAGGAGGAGGAGGAAGACUUCCGGAACCUCCCGCUCUACCGUCGCCGACGCAGCCUGGCGUCCCAGGAGAGCCUCAGCCAAUCAGCUCCCCCGCCGAUCAGUGAGCUUAACAAACGCAUGUCAGCCAUCGAGACCCUUCUGAGCCGCCUGGAGCAGAAAGUGACUCCGCCCUCUGACCUGGCCCCAGUCAGUGUCCCUCCCCAGCCACUGUGGAUCCAGGUGGACAUGGAGGAACUGCAGCUGAGACGGAAGCUGGAUGAGCUGACAGGAAACAUCAGCGACCACAGCUUGAGCUCCGAGGAGGACGAGCCCAGGAGGCCAACUACCCCCGAAGCCCCCCCAGGACAGAGCAGCGUGAGGGGGGAUGCCAGCCCCCCAAGACCCCCCUCUAGCACCGGUACCCCUGGCCCCGAGACCUGGAGGAGCGUUGCGCUGUCUGAGCUGGAGGGGAAAGUGGCCUGGGCCGCAGCCAGCGUCCACUCCUCUCAGACGGAGGUCUCGGAUAUUGAGAACAAGAUUGCUGCUCUGAGUGCUGCAGGGAUGCCCGUGGAUAAGACCAGGAGGAAGUCCGCGAUCCCAUCCCAAUCACGACGGCUCUCCCACGACUUUCCCACAAACCAGACGGACGUGUUUGUGAGGAACUCUCUCUACAGGGGCUCUCUGACCCAGAGGAACCCAGGGGGGAAGCCCAAGCGCAAGCCCUCCUGUGCGAAGCCAGUAAUGGUACAGGCCCCAUGAGGAGGAAGUUGAGCAUCAUGUGAAG